AUGAUGGCCAAAGCAAUGAGGUAUGCCGCUUCCCCCUCAUUCACUUCUCCCCUCGUUCACUUCUCCCCUCGUUCACUUCUCCCCUCGUUCACUUCUUCCCUCGUUCCCUUCUCCCCUCGUUCCCUUCCCCUCGUUCACUUCUCCCCUCGUUCCCUUCUCCCCUCGUUCACUUCUCCCCUCGUUCCCUUCCCCUCAUUCCCUUCUCCCCUCGUUCCCUUCUCCCCUCGUUCCCUUCCCCUCGUUCCCUUCUCUCCUCGUUCCCUUCUCCCCUCGUUCACUUCUCCCCUCAGAGCAAGAAGCUGGUGCGCUGCUUCUGCUACUCCCUUCUGCCCCUCAUACCUCGCGCUUUCCCCUUUCCCUUCCCGCCUUUCCUGA